AUGGUUGGUUUAUCGGAUUUCCUCGUGGGCGCUUGCCUGGUGCCGGCUGCCUACGGUGCUUUCUCUACAUCCGCCUCCAGAGCUUCCUCCCAUUCGGCUUCUACUUCGGCAUCCUCUACUUCGGCUGCGGCGUACUCUCAGUUCAGUCUGCCUGCUAGUGCGGAUGUUGGCGCCGAUUUGAUUGCCAAUAUCGAUGAUCCUGAGGCUAUCGAUGCCCAGUCGGCCUGUCCUGGGUAUAAGGCUUCCAACGUGAAGGAGUCUGCCAGGGGGUUGACUGCUACUCUAGGGCUCGCUGGGAAGGCAUGCAAUGCCUAUGGUACCGAUGUUGACUCGCUGGAUUUGUCGGUUGAGUACCUUGCCAAUGAUCGACUCAAUGUUCAAAUUGUUCCAACUUACAUUGAUUCGUCGAAUUCCUCUUGGUUCUUGUUGGAUGAGAAUACCGUCCCUCGAGCCAAGUCGGAUGGGCAUGCUUCGAAGACGGAUAGUGAUCUGGAAAUCACCUGGUCUAAUGAACCUUCUUUCCAAUUCAAGAUUACCCGCAAGGCUACUGGGGAUGCCAUCUUUGAUACAACCGGUUCGCACUUGGUAUUUGAAGACCAAUUCAUUGAGUUUAUGACCUCUUUGCCCAAAGGCUACAACCUUUACGGUAUUGGGGAGCACAUUCAGCAGCUGCGUCUUUUGGACAACGCCACAUUGACUCUCUACGCUUCGGACCAGGGUGAUCCAAUAAACGAAAAUAUCUAUGGGUCUCAUCCUUUCUAUCUCGAUACCCGCUACUACGAAGUCAACGACAAUGGCGGCCAUACCCUCGUUGCGAGUGACAAGGCCGAUCAGUCCAAAGACUAUGUCUCCUACUCACACGGUGUGUUCUCGCGAAAUGCUCAUGGCCAAGAAGUGAUUAUGCAGCCCGAGGGAUUCAAGUGGCGCACUCUGGGUGGUAGCAUCGAUCUCACCUUCUACUCGGGACCUACUCAGGCCGAUGUCACCAAGAAUUACCAAUUGAGCACCAUUGGACUGCCUGCAUUGCAGCAGUACUUUACUCUUGGUUUCCACCAGUGUCGCUGGGGAUAUGAGAACUGGACUGCCCUUGAGAGGGUCGUUUCUAAUUUUGAGAAGUUUGGAAUUCCUCUUGAAACCAUCUGGAAUGACAUUGAUUACAUGCAUGGUUAUCGUGACUUUGAAAAUGACAAGGAUCGCUACUCCUACAGUGAGGGUGAGGAGUUCCUUGACAAGCUGCACAAGAGUGGCCGUCAUUAUGUCCCCAUCAUCGACUCUGCCAUCUACAUCCCGAACCCUAACAAUAAAUCUGAUGCCUACGAGACCUACACUCGCGGUCACAAGGACAACGUCUUCUUGAAGAAUCCCGAUGGAAGUGAGUACAUCGGAGCUGUCUGGCCCGGAUACACAGUCUUCCCUGACUGGCAUAACCCCAACACAAGCGACUUCUGGUCAAACGAGAUUGUGGCCUAUCACAAGAAAAUAGCCAUCGACGGUAUCUGGAUUGAUAUGAGCGAAGUGUCUUCCUUCUGUACCGGUAGCUGCGGAUCUGGUAACCUCAGCCUGAACCCAGUUCAUGGUACCACACUGCCUGGAGAGCCUGGCAAUGUGAUCUAUGACUACCCCGAAGGAUUCGAGUUGACAAACAAGACUGAGGCUGCCUCCGCAUCGUCAGCCUCAUCUAGUCAAGCUGCGGCCGCAACAAGUUCCUCUGAAUCGUCUUCCAGCGUCUCCUACUUGCGAACUACACCCACUCCUGGUGUGCGCAACAUCAAUUACCCGCCAUAUGUCCUCAACCACGAUCAGACAGGUCAUGACCUAGCCAUCCACGCCGUGUCUCCCAACGCCACCCACUCCGACGGCGUCCAGGAAUACGACGUGCACAAUCUAUUCGGCCACCAAAUCCUCAAUGCCACCUACAACGGCCUGCGCGCAGUGGACGAGCAAAAGCGCCCCUUCAUAAUCGGCCGCUCAACAUUCGCCGGCUCAGGCAAAUGGGCCGGUCACUGGGGCGGCGACAAUUACUCGAAAUGGGCCUACAUGUUCUUCUCAAUCCCCCAAGCCCUCUCAUUCUCCCUUUUCGGGAUCCCAAUGUUUGGCGUGGACACCUGCGGCUUCAGCGGUAACAGCGACGAAGAACUCUGCAACCGCUGGAUGCAACUGUCAGCCUUUUUCCCCUUCUACCGAAACCACAACACCCUCUCAGCAAACCCACAAGAGCCCUACAUCUGGGCCUCCGUCACAGAAGCCACAAAAGCAGCCAUGAGCAUCCGCUACGCAAUCCUCCCCUACUUCUACACCCUCUUCCACCAAGCACACACAGCCGGCUCGACAGUCAUGCGCGCCCUAGCCUGGGAAUUCCCAACAGACCCCUCCCUAGCAGCAAUCGACACCCAAUUCCUCCUAGGUCCAUCGAUAAUGGUCGUCCCAGCCCUAGCACCACAAGUCGACACCGUCAAGGGCGUCUUCCCAGGCCUGAAACAUGGAGAGGUCUGGUACGACUGGUACAACCAAACAGCAAUCACCGCCGAGCCAGGCGUGAACACAACCAUCCCCGCUCCGCUGGGCCACAUCCCCGUCUUUGUGCGCGGCGGUAGUAUCCUACCCAUGCAAGAGCCAGCACUGACAACGAAGGAAGCACGCAACACGCCAUGGUCGCUGCUCGCUGCACUAUCGACUAACGGGUCUGCGGUUGGUGACUUGUACAUCGAUGAUGGGGAGAGUGUGAAGCCGGACACUAGCCUGAAUGUAGCAUUCAAGGCACAGGAUUCAAGCUUGACUGCCCAUGCCACCGGCGAAUGGAAGGAGUCGAACCCGCUGGCUAACGUUACUGUUCUCGGUGUCUCUGAGAUGCCGCAUGCCGUUACGCUGAAUGGCAAGCAUGUCCCUGUGUCUGAUGUGAAGUAUAAUGCUACCACGCGUGUGCUUUCUGUUACUGGGUUGGAGAAGUUGACAGGUGAGGGUGCGUUUAGUGAGAACUGGGUGCUUAAGUGGUAG